ACAGAGUGCGCAGGCGCAGUUUACAGCGCAGUGCUCAAGGCGACGUGGCGGGCGGAAGUACGGAAGCCGCUGGGAGAAGCUGCUCUCACCGCUACUCUGAGCAUCUCCCUGCUGCGUGGAGCUUUUCCUGGCACCAUGUUGAAGAAAUUCGACAAAAAGGACGAGGAGUCGGGUGGAGGCUCCAACCCCCUCCAGCACCUGGAGAAGAGUGCAGUACUCCAAGAGGCUCGGGUCUUUAACGAAACUCCUAUCAAUCCUCGGAAAUGUGCCCACAUCCUCACCAAGAUCCUUUACCUCAUAAACCAGGGGGAGCACCUGGGGACCACAGAAGCAACUGAAGCGUUCUUCGCCAUGACCAAGCUCUUUCAGUCCAACGAUCCCACACUCCGUCGCAUGUGCUACUUGACCAUCAAGGAGAUGUCCUGCAUUGCAGAGGAUGUCAUCAUUGUUACCAGCAGCCUGACCAAAGAUAUGACUGGGAAAGAAGAUAAUUACCGUGGUCCCGCUGUGCGAGCCCUCUGCCAGAUCACUGACAGCACCAUGCUGCAGGCUGUCGAGCGCUACAUGAAGCAGGCGAUUGUAGACAAGGUCCCCAGUGUCUCCAGCUCUGCCCUUGUGUCUUCCCUGCAUCUGCUGAAAUGCAGCUUUGAUGUGGUCAAGCGCUGGGUGAACGAGGCCCAGGAGGCAGCAUCCAGUGACAACAUCAUGGUACAGUACCAUGCACUAGGACUUCUGUACCAUGUGCGGAAGAAUGACCGCCUGGCUGUGAGUAAGAUGAUCAGUAAGUUCACCCGGCAUGGCCUGAAGUCCCCUUUUGCCUACUGCAUGAUGAUCCGAGUGGCCAGCAAGCAGCUAGAAGAAGAAGAUGGCAGCCGUGACAGCCCACUAUUUGACUUCAUUGAGAGCUGCCUGCGUAACAAGCACGAGAUGGUGGUAUAUGAAGCUGCCUCAGCCAUUGUCAACCUGCCAGGCUGCAGUGCCAAAGAGCUGGCCCCCGCCGUGUCAGUGCUCCAGCUUUUCUGCAGUUCGCCCAAGGCCGCUCUUCGCUAUGCUGCUGUGCGCACCCUCAAUAAGGUGGCCAUGAAGCACCCAUCAGCAGUGACCGCCUGCAAUCUGGAUCUGGAAAACCUGGUCACAGACUCGAACCGUAGCAUCGCCACAUUGGCCAUCACCACCCUCCUCAAGACAGGGAGUGAGAGCAGCAUUGACCGCCUUAUGAAGCAGAUUUCUUCCUUCAUGUCGGAGAUCUCAGAUGAGUUCAAGGUGGUGGUUGUCCAGGCCAUCAGUGCCCUGUGCCAGAAGUACCCUCGCAAACAUGCCGUGCUCAUGAGCUUCCUGUUCACCAUGCUAAGGGAAGAGGGUGGCUUUGAGUACAAGCGCGCCAUCGUGGACUGCAUCAUCAGCAUCAUUGAGGAGAAUGCAGAGAGCAAGGAGACAGGGCUGUCACACCUAUGCGAGUUCAUCGAGGACUGUGAGUUCACGGUGCUGGCCACCCGCAUCCUGCACUUGCUGGGCCAGGAGGGGCCCAAGACCAACAACCCCUCCAAGUACAUUCGCUUCAUCUACAACCGUGUGGUCUUGGAGCAUGAAGAGGUUCGGGCAGGUGCAGUGAGUGCCCUGGCCAAGUUUGGAGCCCAGAAUGAAGAGAUGUUACCUAGUAUCUUGGUGUUGCUGAAGAGGUGUGUGAUGGAUGACGACAAUGAAGUGAGAGACAGAGCCACCUUUUAUCUGAACGUCCUGGAGCAGAAGCAGAAGGCUCUCAAUGCAGGUUAUAUCCUAAAUGGUCUGACUGUGUCAAUCCCUGGUCUGGAGAGAGCCCUGCAGCAGUACACACUGGAACCCUCCGAAAAGCCGUUUGACCUCAAGUCUGUGCCUCUGGCCACUACCCCUAUGGCAGAACAGAGACCAGAAAGCACCGCCACUGCAACAGUCAAACAGCCAGAGAAAGUAGCAGCCACUCGGCAGGAGAUUUUCCAGGAGCAGUUAGCAGCGGUACCUGAGUUCCAGGGGCUCGGGCCCCUCUUCAAGUCCUCACCUGAGCCAGUGGCCCUCACUGAGUCGGAAACUGAGUAUGUCGUUCGUUGCACCAAACACACCUUCUCUGACCACUUGGUGUUCCAGUUUGACUGCACGAACACCCUCAAUGACCAGACCCUGGAGAAUGUCACAGUGCAGAUGGAGCCCACGGAGGCAUAUGAAGUGCUCGCCUAUGUGCCUGCCAGAAGCUUGCCCUACAACCAGCCUGGGACCUGCUACACACUAGUGGCUCUGCCCAAGGAAGACCCCACAGCUGUGGCGUGCACGCUCAGCUGUGUCAUGAAGUUCACUGUCAAGGACUGUGACCCCAACACUGGAGAGAUUGAUGAAGAAGGCUAUGAGGAUGAAUAUGUGCUGGAGGAUCUAGAGGUUACCGUGUCUGAUCACAUCCAGAAAGUCAUGAAAGUGAACUUUGAAGCAGCCUGGGAUGAGGUCGGGGAUGAGUUUGAGAAGGAGGAGACAUUCACCCUGUCUACUAUCAAGACACUUGAAGAGGCUGUGGGCAAUAUCGUGAAGUUCUUGGGAAUGCACCCUUGUGAAAGGUCAGACAAAGUGCCAGAGAACAAGAACACUCACACGCUGCUGCUAGCUGGUGUGUUCCGAGGUGGUCAUGACAUCCUUGUGCGCUCUCGGCUUCUGCUUUUGGACACAGUGACAAUGCAGGUGACAGCCAGAAGCUCAGAGGAGCUGCCAGUCGAUAUCAUCUUGGCAUCUGUGGGUUAAAGGUCUGGCCUGAGCUCUAUUCCUACCUUUUCCAACACUACAUCGAAGUUGCUUCUUCCCAGUGAAGCCAGUGGAAACUCUUCCCCACAUCUCUAUCCAGAAACAAUCAAGAAUCAAUACAGAUUUUUUUAAAAAUUGCAUCCUAUCAUUCAGGAAUGCUAGGGUAGAUUUCAUCACCCUGUCUGCAAGGAGACCUCAUAAAUGAAUAAAAUGUUCAGACUUCUCGGAUAUUUA